AUGGCCACGACUCGUACCCGCGUUUGUGAACCAUUCACACUUUCUUCUGUAAUGGUUGUUCUUUUAGACUCUCCAGGUCUGGGAUUAAAGGGUCGCCUGGUGUUGAAGCUCUUCGACCGACGCUUUGCGCCCCAGCUCAGAAAGGACCACAAACUUAAACCUUGGACGUCGGACAUCGAACGCCAAUAUCAUGAUUUUGUCCAUGAUGGUUGUGCUUUAGAAUUUAUCACCAGACUUAAUACUGAUAGUAAAAUGGCCGAGGAAGCAGGAGACACAUGGAAUGACCCCCAAAAUGAAGCGUAUCUCCAUGACCAUAUGCAGGAUCUCUGUGAGGCGGAGGUUGAGGUGUACCAGACCCUAAAAGACAUCCAAGGGAAAGAUAUCCCUCAGCUAUUUGCCUACCUGACAGUGCCUAGCUCCUCUUCAUCGCAGGAACUGUCGGUCAAUACAUAUAUUGAUGUCCCAGGGGUUCUUUUGCAGUGUAUGGACGGUUUUCUAUUGACCGAUAUUGCUGCGCACGCUCCGCAGGAGGUCUGGCAGUCCGUCUGUGAUGAUGCCAUUCAGAUUGUUAAUCUGAUAGGUGAUAGAGGAAUUCUAAAUGAGGAUGUCAAGACAAGGAACUUGAUUGUGCAGGAAAAUUCAGGAAGGAAGUUCAAGGUGUUUAUGAUUGAUUUUGCCUUAUGCAAUUUCCGCAGGGAGCUUUGUCUACCGUCGAUCUGGUCAAUAUAA